AUGUCUGAUUCAGUCAUUCUUCGUAGUAUGAAGAAAUUUCGAGAAGAGGAUCAUGGUUAUGAAUCACAUGGAUCAUAUAACAAUGAUAAGAAUUCAAGGUUACAAGAUGCAAAGAAAGGAGACAGCAGACCCAUUGGCUUCUUUCAACUGUUUCGUUUUUCUUCAACGACUGACAUUUGGCUGAUGUUUAUGGGAAGUUUAUGUGCAUUUCUCCAUGGACUAUCCUAUCCAGGCGUGCUAUUAAUUUUUGGCACAAUGACUGAUGUUUUUAUUGACUAUGACAUGGAAGUACAAGAACUCAAGAUCCCUGGAAAAGCAUGUGUGAAUAAUACCAUAGUAUGGAUCAACAGCUCCCUCAAUCAGAAUGUGACAAACCAAACACUUUGUGGGUUGCUGGAUAUUGAAAGCGAAAUGAUCAAAUUUGCCAGUUACUAUGCUGCAGUUGCUGUUGGAGUGCUCAUCACAGGAUAUAUGCAAAUAUGCUUUUGGGUAAUUGCUGCAGCUCGUCAGACACAAAAAAUGAGAAAAAUUUACUUCAGGAGAAUAAUGAGAAUGGAAAUGGGAUGGUUUGACUGCAAUUCAGUGGGAGAGCUGAAUACUAGAUUUUCUGAUGAUAUUAAUAAAGUCAAUGACGCCAUUGCUGACCAAAUGGCCAUUUUCAUCCAGCGCAUGACCACGAGCAUCUGUGGGUUCCUGAUGGGAUUUUACCAGGGGUGGAAACUGACUUUGGUUAUUAUCUCAGUCAGCCCUCUCAUUGGGCUUGGAGCAGCCAUCAUCGGACUGAGUGUGUCCAGAUUCACGGACCAUGAAUUGAAAGCCUAUGCCAAAGCAGGGUCAGUGGCUGACGAGGUCAUUUCAUCUGUGCGAACAGUGGCUGCUUUUGGUGGUGAGAGAAAAGAGGUUGAAAGGUAUGAAAAAAACCUUGUGUUUGCCCAGCGUUGGGGGAUAAGAAAAGGAAUAGUGAUGGGAUUCUUUACUGGAUUCAUGUGGUGUCUCAUCUUUUUGUGUUAUGCACUGGCCUUUUGGUAUGGCUCCAAACUCGUCCUGGAUGAUGGAGAAUAUACACCAGGAACUCUUGUUCAGAUUUUCCUCAGUGUCAUAGUAGGAGCUUUAAAUCUUGGCAAUGCGUCUUCUUGUUUGGAAGCUUUUUCCACUGGGCGUGCUGCAGCCACCAGCAUUUUUGAGACAAUAGACCGGAAAUCAAUCAUUGACUGCAUGUCAGAAGAUGGUUACAAGUUGGAUCGCAUCAAGGGUGAAAUCGAAUUCCAUAAUGUGACCUUCUACUACCCAUCCAGACCGGAUGUGAAGAUUUUGCAUAACCUCAGCAUGGUCAUUAAAUCAGGGGAAAUGACAGCCAUAGUAGGAUCCAGUGGAGCUGGGAAAAGCACAGCACUGCAGCUCAUUCAACGAUUCUAUGACCCCAAUAAAGGCAUGGUGACUUUGGAUGGCCAUGACAUUCGUUCUCUUAACAUUCAGUGGCUUAGAGCUCAGAUUGGGAUCGUGGAGCAAGAGCCUGUUCUUUUCUCCACCACCAUUGCAGAAAAUAUUCGCUAUGGCAGAGAAGAUGCAACCAUGGAAGAUAUAGUACAAGCUGCCAAAGCAGCCAAUGCCUACAACUUCAUCAUGGACCUGCCACAGAAAUUUGACACUCUGGUUGGGGAAGGAGGAGGCCAUAUGAGCGGUGGCCAGAAACAAAGAAUAGCCAUUGCAAGAGCACUUGUCCGACACCCCAAGAUCCUGCUUUUGGACAUGGCCACCUCAGCCUUGGAUAAUGAGAGCGAAGCCAUGGUGCAAGAGGCACUGAGUAAGAUUCAGCAUGACCACACAAUCAUUUCGGUUGCUCAUCGUUUGUCCACGGUUAGAGCUGCAGACAUCAUUAUUGGUUUUGAACAUGGUACAGCAGUGGAAAGAGGCACUCAUGAAGAACUGUUGGAAAGGAAAGGAGUUUACUUUACUUUAGUGACUUUGCAAAGUCAAGGAGAUUCCGCUCAUAAUGAAGGGGAUGUAAAAGGAAAAGCUGAAACUGAAGAUGCUGUACAUGAGAGCAAACAGACCUUUAGCAGAGGAAGCUACCAAGCUAGUUUAAGAGCUUCCCUCCGGCAACGCUCCAAGUCUCAGCUUUCUUACCUGGCUCAUGAGCCUCCAUUAGCAGGCGUAGACCAUAACUCUACCUACGAAGAAGAAAGAAAGGGCAAGGACUUCCCUGAGGAAGAAGAAAUUGAACCUGCCCCAAUGAGGAGGAUUCUGAAGCUCAAUGCUCCAGAAUGGCCCUACAUGCUGGUAGGGUCUGUGGGUGCAGCCAUCAAUGGGACAGUCACUCCCCUCUAUGCCUUUUUAUUCAGUGAGAUUCUUGGGACUUUUUCACAUCCUGAUAAGGAAGAACAGAGGUCACAGAUCAAUGCUGUGUGUCUGCUCUUUGUAGCUCUGGGCUGCAUAUCCCUUUGUACUCAAUUUCUGCAGGGGUAUGCUUUUGCUAAAUCUGGAGAACUCCUAACAAAAAGGCUACGCAAAUAUGGUUUCAGAGCAAUACUAGGGCAAGACAUAGGGUGGUUUGAUGACUCCAAAAAUAGCCCUGGAGCACUGACAACAAGGCUUGCUACAGAUGCUUCCCAAGUUCAAGGGGCUGCUGGCUCUCAAAUCGGGAUGAUAGUCAAUUCCAUCACUAACAUCACUGUGGCCAUGAUCAUCGCCUUCUUCUUUAGCUGGAAGCUCAGCCUGGUCAUAGUGUGCUUCUUCCCCUUCUUGGCCUUAUCAGGAGCUGUCCAGACCAGAAUGUUGACAGGAUUUGCCUCUCAAGACAAGGAGGCCCUGGAGGUUGCAGGGCAGAUUGCAAGUGAAGCGCUGAGUAACAUACGCACUGUUGCUGGCAUUGGAAAGGAGAGACGGUUUAUCGAGGCAUUUGAGGCUGAGCUGGAGAAGCCAUACAAGACAGCCAUUCGAAAAGCCAAUAUUUAUGGAUUCUGCUUUGGUUUUUCCCAGUGUAUAGCAUUUGUUGCUAAUUCUGCUUCCUACAGAUAUGGAGGUUACUUAAUCCCUAAUGAGGGACUCCAUUACAGCUAUGUCUUCAGGGUGAUCUCUUCAGUUAUAUUGAGCGCGACUGCUCUAGGAAAAGCCUCCUCUUACACCCCGAGUUAUGCAAAAGCUAAAAUAUCAGCUGCACGUUUUUUUCAACUGCUGGACCGCCAACCUCCAAUCAGUGUAUAUAGCAGUGCAGGUGAAAAAUGGGACAACUUCCAGGGGAAGAUUGACUUUGUGAACUGUAGAUUUACAUAUCCUUCUCGACCAGAUACACAAGUUCUGAAUGGACUCUCGGUGUCUAUUAGUCCGGGACAAACGUUGGCAUUUGUUGGAAGCAGUGGAUGUGGUAAAAGCACCAGUGUUCAGCUGUUGGAACGUUUCUAUGACCCUGACCAAGGGAAGGUGAUGAUAGAUGGGCACGACAGCAAAAAAGUAAAUAUCCAAUUUCUUCGUUCGAAAAUUGGAAUUGUUUCCCAGGAACCAAUUUUGUUUGCCUGUAGCAUAAUGGACAAUAUCAAGUAUGGAGAUAACACCAAAGAAAUUUCCAUGGAAAGAGUCAUAGAAGCUGCAAAGCAGGCUCAGUUGCAUGACUUUGUCAUGUCGCUCCCAGAGAAAUAUGAAACCAAUGUUGGGUCCCAAGGGUCUCAACUCUCUCGAGGAGAGAAACAGCGCAUCGCUAUUGCUAGGGCCAUUGUACGAGAUCCCAAAAUCUUGCUCCUAGACGAAGCUACUUCUGCCUUAGACACAGAAAGUGAAAAGACAGUUCAGGUUGCCCUGGACAAAGCCAGAGAAGGCCGGACCUGCAUAGUCAUUGCCCAUCGUUUGUCAACCAUCCAGAACUCAGAUGUCAUUGCUGUCAUGUCUCAGGGGAAAGUGAUUGAAAUGGGGACCCAUGAAGAACUAAUGGCCCUGAAAAGAGCUUACUACAAACUAGCAACCACAGGAGCUCCCAUCAGUUGA